AUGAGCAUGAGCCUCGUAAAACUAGUAUCUGCCUCCAAGACAUCGGGCGUUCGUUUGCUGAAAAGCAAAACGACAAGAAAGAUUUUUGACAUUCGAACCCUUUCCACCUACACUCCACCGGAAAAUGUUCAGGAAUGGGAGAAUCUGGCUAACAAGGAGUUGUCCAGAGCCAAAAAGAGCGUCGACUACCUCCGAUCCGAGAGAGUGACACCCGAAGGUAUCCAAAUUCAACCUGUCUAUUGGGAUUUGAACGAUCCCGAACCCGAAAUGCCUGGCGUCUACCCCUUCUCGCGAGGUCCCUAUGCCAGUAUGUAUACCAAUAGACCAUGGACAAUUCGACAGUAUGCUGGAUUCUCUACUGCCGAAGAAUCCAAUGCUUUUUACAAGCGCAAUCUUGCCGCUGGCCAGCAGGGUCUGAGUGUCGCCUUUGAUUUGCCAACCCACCGAGGAUAUGACAGUGACCAUGAACGAGUCGUCGGUGACGUCGGCAUGGCGGGAGUCUCCAUUGAUACUCUCAAGGACAUGGAAAUCCUAUUCGAUCAAAUCGAUCUAACCGAAGUAUCUGUCAGCAUGACCAUGAAUGGUGCAGUUCUUCCGAUCAUGGCCUUUUACAUUCAAGCUGCCAUUGAACAGAACCCUGACAAGGAACCUGCUGAAGUUAUGAAGCAACUCAAGGGUACAAUCCAGAACGACAUUCUCAAGGAAUUCAUGGUCAGGAACACCUACAUCUACCCACCCACUCCAUCUGUGAACCGAGUGAUUGCUGAUAUCAUGGGUUUCACCAGUAAGUGGACGCCCAAGUUUAAUUCCAUCUCCAUUUCCGGAUACCACAUGCAAGAAGCUGGCGCCGAUGCCGCUCUCGAAAUGGCCUUUACCAUCGCAGAUGGUCUAGAGUACAUUCGCACCGCCGUUGAAGUGGCCGAACUCGAUGUCGAUUCCGUGGCUCCUCGACUUUCCUUUUUCUGGGGAAUUGGCAUGAACUUUUACACCGAGAUUGCCAAGAUGCGAGCUGCCCGCAAGCUGUGGGCCGAACUCGUCAAGGAAAAGUUUGCACCAUCCAAUCCAAAGUCACUGUUGCUAAGAACCCAUUGUCAGACUUCUGGAUAUUCCUUGACCGAAGCCCAGCCAAUGAAUAAUAUCAUUCGAACCACCAUUGAAGCCAUGGCUGCUGUCCAAGGUGGAACACAGAGCUUGCAUACUAACUCGUACGACGAAGCUGUCGGUCUUCCAACGGACCAGUCGGCUCGUGUUGCCCGAACCACCCAACUCAUCCUCCAAGAAGAGACUGGAAUCUGCGACGUUGCCGAUCCAUGGGGUGGAAGUUAUAUGAUGGAAUCUCUAACAGAUGAAAUCUACGACAAGGCCAAGGGCAUUAUUGACGAUGUCGAAUCCCACGGAGGAAUGACCGCCUACAUUAAUAGCGGUGAAGCCAAGCUGAAGAUUGAGGAGAGCGCCACCAAGAAGCAAGGCCGAGUGGACUCUGGCAAGGAUGUUGUUGUCGGAGUCAACAAGUACCGCUUGAACAAAGAAGACGAAAAGGCCGAAAUGAUUGAUGUUCUCCAGAUUGACAAUAGCGAUGUCCGAACCAAACAAAUUGCUCGCAUGAAUGAGGUCAAGGCAAACCGUGAUGAAAUUGCGGCCCAAGAAGCCUUGUUGAGACUUGAAGAGAGUGCCCGAAAGACUACCUCGACCAGUAACCCAGAUCAUCCAGACAAUCUCAUGACUCUGUGCAUUGAAUGUGCUCGUACUCGAUGCACACUCGGAGAAAUGUCGGAUGCCCUUGAAAAUGCUUGGGGUCGUCACGUCCCGGCAACUGGAAUGGUCCAAGGUGCCUACACUGCCGCCUUUAAUGGUGGUGACGACAAGGUAUUUAGUGAAUAUGAAAACAUUCUCAAGAGUGUGGAAGGCUUUGAACAAACGGAAGGCCGUCGUCCCCGUAUUUUGGUUGCCAAAAUGGGCCAAGACGGACACGACCGAGGUGCCAAGGUGAUUGCCAGUGGAUUUGCCGACUUGGGAUUUGAUGUGGACGUUGGUCCACUGUUUCAAACACCCCGGGAAGUUGCCUUGCAAGCCAUUGAUUCGGACGUCCAUGUCAUUGGAGUUUCCAGUCAAGCGGCAGGACACAAGACAUUGUUGCCAGCGUUGAAGAAAGAAUUGGAAGAUUUGGGAGUCCAUCACAUGGUCGUGGUGGCGGGAGGUGUCAUUCCACCACAAGAUUAUGACUUUUUGCUCAAGGAAUCUAAAUCUUGUGGUGCCGUCUUUGGUCCAGGAACCCGCAUUACCGAUGCUGCCAAUACAGUCUUGGACCUGAUUCCCCGUGGUGGUGGUGGUGGAGAAGAACCCGCCAACAAGACUGCCUAA